GGUGAAGCCGCUCUUGUUUAUGGCACUGUUUGGCAGAUAGCAGAUCGGUUAGGCAGGCACAGAGGCAGUGUGCGCGGCGCAACCAGCUAGCAGCCUCGUCUAGUGGUCUGCUGCACCUGGACGCGCGACGGCCACCGUAGCACAGCACCUGUUUUCUUACAAAUCCUUCCUCGCAAGUCGCAUGCCACACUUACAAAUACGCGCCUUCCAAACCGCCAUGAUUCACUCCGAUUGCGCGCCAGAUCAAGCUGCGAGUCGGCGGCCUCGAUGAUGCCGCCGCCGCCGUCCUCGUCGUCUUCGCCCUCGCAGGACGCCGGCAGCCCCAAGCGAGCCGCGGGGCGCAACAAGUUCCGGGAGACGCGGCACCCGGUGUUCCGCGGCGUGCGCCGGCGAGGCCGCGCGGGGGGCCGGUGGCGGUGGGUGUGCGAGGUCCGCGUUCCAGGCCGCCGCGGCUGCAGGCUCUGGCUCGGCACCUUCGCGGCCGCGGAGGCCGCCGCGCGCGCGCACGACGCCGCCAUGCUCGCGCUCCGCGGCGGCGCCGCGCGCGCGCGGUGCCUCAACUUCCCGGACUCGGCCUGGCUGCUGGACGUGCCGGUGCUGCCGCUGCCCCACGGCGCAGCGCCCUGGGCCGACGUCCGCCGCGCCGUCGCGAUAGCCGUCGAGGGGUUCUUCCGGGCGCGGCCAGCCGCCGAGGACGCCAUGUCCGCCACCUCGGAGCCGUCGUCAGCGGCCACGGAGGCGGAGGCGGAGGCGUCCUCCUCCUCCGGGACCGACGGCGGCGCGCCGGAGGCCUCGCCGUUCGAGCUGGACAUGCUGAGCGAUAUGGGCGCCGGCUUGUACUACGCGUGCUUAGCGCAGGGGCUGCUCGUGGAGCCUCCACCGUUAGACGCGCCGUGCCCCGACGACAGCGACUGUGGCCUCGCGCUCUGGUCCUACUGAAACCCAUGUCGACCAACGCUUGUAGAUUAUCUAUUCUUUCCUUUUGGGAAAUGCGGAUAUUAUAAAUUCCACGAACUAGUACAAUAUUUCUCUGUUCACUUCGGAAAUACUAGAAAGUUACCGAAAUACUGUACGAUGCGCAUGCGACUGGCAGCAAGCCUUUUUUCCUUUUCUUUUCUGGAAUGAUGCAAAUAGAACGUGUAGAUGUUUUUAGUC